AUGUUCCUUCUAAUAAUGGUGGCGGCCGUAUUGCUCGCCGGCGGCGGCAUUGCAUUCGCCCCCGCGGGGCUCUUCGGCGGCUCGCCUCCUACGUCGACGACGACGGUCGUGAAGCUGGCCUACCUUCUCUGCUUCGCGACGUCGUGGGGCGCCACCGUCUGGGCCAUCUUCAUCGGCGGCUUCAUCAUGUUCUUGAAUCUGCCGAGGCACAUGAUGGACAGCCUGCGCGGGAAGGUGUUCCCGGCGUGCUUGGCGCUGACGGCGGCCUCCGCGGCGGCGUUCGCGUGGCUCCACCUCCCGUGGCGGGCAGCAGCCUCGCCCGCCGAGCGGCGCCAGCUCGUGGUCCUCGUCGCCGCCGCCGGGCUCGACCUGGCCAACCUGCUCGUCUUCACCCCCAGGACCCUCGAGGCCGUGCGGGAGAGGCCCAAGGUGGAGAGGGGCCUCGGCCUCGGCGGCAUCGGCUCCAUCCCCGGCAUACGGAGCAACGCGAGGGCGGCGGAGACCUGCGCCACCCUCGCCAUGGCCAACGGGAGGUUCUGGACAGCCCAUGCCCUCUCGGCGCUGGCAACCUCCGCGACAGCAGCCGGGCUCGCCGCGCACUCCUGCUACCUCGCCGGCAAGCUGGCGCUGUGA